AUGGAAGUUACAACAGAGGAAGCUCAGGCAGUGUUGCUGGAAGGAAUGGAAGGUGCUCAGUACAUUACCAUUCAAAGGGCUGAUGGAGAAGCACUCAGCAAAAGUGUCCCUCUUUUAACACUGAAUGGAGAGUUAAUCUCUGAAGGAAUGGUUGUUGAUAUGAUCAAUGCUGGUGUUGGUACAGAUUAUGGCACAGCAACACAAUAUUAUGAAGCAGAUGAUUUAUUACAACAUGAAUUAACAGAGGUAAUUUUUGGUACUAUUGAAGAUCGCAGACUAGCUGCAGCUUUGGUUGCUGUUCAGCUACAGCAACAACAGAAACAACAGCAACUUCAUAGUCAAUCUCAACACGAAGAUCCAACCUUGCCAGAUGUUUCUCAUUUAGAGACUUUAACACCUGUUAACACAUAUUCUAUUCAAACUGUCCCAGAACCAAAUGCCCCACCAGUGUACCCUACACUACAACCCUUCAAACGAAUCACGCAUAAUGUAAAACAAGAGUUUAUAAAUGUGAAAAGUGAAUAUGAUGUGGAUGUGUCAGCUGAAAGCAGCGAGGAUGCUGCUCCAAGCUCUGGACCAAAAAGGUCUUUACCUCACAAGAAAAGGAUUCCCAGAAAGCUCAAGCAGCAGACCAAAAGAAGCUCAGCAAGAAAAGAUGGUAGUAGGAUGAAUACCGAUGCCAUAAACACAGAAUCCUCCAGUGAUAUUCAAGCACAUAUGUUCAAGUGUGAACUGUGCAGUUCUAGAUUUAGUAGUCAAUUGAAAUUCUUUGAACAUUUAAAGGUGCAUUAUGAGCCUGUAAAACAGGAAACAAGAAUAGCACAAGCAACAAAUACCAAUAUUACAAUAUCUGUACCAGAGUCUGUACAGAAUCUUGAAAAUACAGUAAUUGAAGAGUUCAGUGAACCUGAAGAUCUCAUGGAAGGCAUCAGAGGUGUUGUUGAGGAAACAGGUGCUCACAUAGAUGAUGAAACAGAGUCUCCACUGUCCACUGUGAACAAUGAAUCACCACUGUGGACAAUCACGGAUGUUACAGAGCAUGUACAUAGGGACCACGUGAAACCACCGACUGUCAACGAACAAGGCAUCCAUGACAAAGAAAAGACUAAUAUUCUACAGACAACGAAGAAAAAGAAGAUACUGAAAACAAGAAAGUCGAAUGAUGAAGUAACGUGUCCUCAGUGCGACCGGUCAUUUCACCACAAAAAUAGUUUAGUAUACCAUAUGAGAUCUCACAGUGGAGAACGACCACAUCAGUGUGAAGUUUGUGGAAAGAGUUUCUUCGCUGCUAGUGCAUUAAAGGUCCAUAAGCGCCUUCAUAGCGGUGAUAAGCCAUACAAGUGCGAGGAAUGUGGCAGACAUUUUCGUCAGUGGGGAGACCUAAAGUAUCACUCCACAAGUAUUCACUCGGAACAGAGACAGUAUCAAUGUGAAUACUGUGGCAAAGACUUUGCUCGGAAAUAUUCUCUGAUCGUUCACAGAAGGAUUCAUACCGGGGAGAAGAAUUAUCGUUGUGAAUACUGUAACAAAACCUUCAGAGCUAGUAGUUACUUACAGAAUCAUCGCCGUAUACAUACUGGAGAGAAGCCUCAUCCAUGUACAGUAUGUGGUAAGCCAUUUAGAGUGCGAAGUGACAUGAAAAGGCACUUACACACGCACUCUAGGGGCAAAACUGACAGACCAAUGAACAGAGUUAUGUCAGGAAAGAGCAUAGAAGAGGAGAACGAUAAGGGUUCACAAGCGAAAACUAUUCAAGAUCUCGUCAGAGACUUGAAGUUGGAAGUGGAAGCUACUGGAGUCGUAGAAAUUGUUCCACCUGAUGAUAACCCUGAAAGCAUUUUGCCACAUGCAGGGGGACAAACCUUAGAGUACACAGUGACGACAGCGCCAGACUCAAACGCAGACAGGGACCCCUUAGAGGCGGUUGUGCGUACAACUGAUAACAUGCAAUAUUUCUUCAUGUAAUAUCCGUUGGUUUUCGUAAUUUGAGGUUAGAAAGGUCUGUAGUACAAAGAUGGCGCUUUGUAAAGUCGUAGACCCCCCUGCACCCCGGUGUAAAUGACUGAAUCGAAGUGCUAUACAUCAAACGCACUGCCUAUGUAAUGUGCAUAAACGUACUUUCCGAUUUCUCUGCAAUGUACUUUUUAAGGGAAUGUUAUCACAACGGAUGUAGCGUUAAAAUUUAAAUAAUUCUUAAGACUGCUUUUUCGCAGGAAACUCGUGAAAGUACAGAACUCACAAGAACACAAUCCUAAAAGUAUAUCACUUUAAUUAGACAAAGGUGUGUGUGCGCGCGCGCGCGUAUGAACGAGUGCAUACACGUAUGCAUAUUACACAUACACACACACACACACGCGCGCGUAUAU